UGCAGGUGCCAGGCAGCCCGACCGGACUCGACCGCGAGAGAAGAGCCGAUCCGCCGCCACUGCCGGCAGGGUGGGAGAGAAGGGAAGGGGAAGAGGCGGAGCCUGAGAGGCGGCGGUGGUGGCGGCAGCAGUAGUGUCAAUAAUACAAUAGGGCUCUUGUACCGCCGCCUGGCCUGCCAAGAGGGAGACUACAAGGACAAGGGCCCGCUUCCCCCAGAGCGCGAGAGGAAAGACGGGGGAAGCAGGCGGCAUGUUGCCGGGCCGCGGGCAGGACAGGCAGGCCCCGGGGCAGAGCCGCGGCGAUUGAAGGAGGACUCCGAUGAGCGACUCCAGAUAGCAGCAGCCCGAGCACGACUCCAGGCCCGGCGGAGCGAAAACCCGUGGUCGCCGCCUGCCCCAGAGCCACAAGGAUGCGUCAGGAUGAAACGCCACAGGCAUCUAACCAGCAGUGACAGUUCAGACAAUGAAAGUCCUUCUACUUCUUUCUCCUUUUGUUCUAAAUACAGAAGCAAAUCAAAAACACCAACAAAUGAACAAAAGAAGCCUGCUGAGGUGUUUCGAAAAGACCUCAUCAGUGCCAUGAAACUGCCAGACUCUCAUCAUAUUAACCCAGAUGAAUAUUACUUGUUUGCAGAUACAUGGAAACAAGAAUGGGAAAAGGGUGUGCAAGUCCCUGCAAGCCCAGAAACUAUUCCCCAACCUUCUCUCAGAAUUGUAGCAGAAAAAGUAAAGCAAGUACUUUAUACACGUCCCAGAAAGUACAUCCAUUGUUCAAGCCAAGAGUCUGCUGAACCUGGCUACAUCAACAUUGUUGAAUUGGCAGAAUCAAUGUGUCGAUAUGACUUGGAUGACAUGGAUAUCAUCUGGCUUCAGGAAGUAAAUGAGGAACUUGCUGAAAUGGGAUAUGGGCAGCUUGAUGAAAAUACCAUGGAGAAAAUGGUAGAAGUCCUGGAACGUCACUGUCAUGAGAAUAUGAACCAUGCCAUUGAAACAGAGGAAGGGCUUGGUAUAGAAUAUGAUGAAGAUGUAAUCUGUGAUGUAUGCCGAUCUCCUGAUAGUGAAGAUGGAAAUGAUAUGGUGUUUUGUGAUAAAUGUAACAUCUGUGUGCAUCAGGCAUGCUAUGGCAUCCUAAAGGUUCCUGAGGGGAGUUGGCUUUGCCGUACUUGUGUUUUAGGUAUACAUCCUCAGUGUCUCUUGUGUCCAAAGAGGGGUGGAGCUAUGAAAGCCACAAGAACGGGUACUAAGUGGGCACAUGUGAGUUGUGCUCUCUGGAUUCCAGAGGUAAGCAUUGCUUGUCCAGAAAGGAUGGAACCGAUUACAAAAGUGUCCCACAUUCCCCCAAGUAGAUGGGCUUUAGUUUGCAGUUUAUGCAAAGUGAAAACUGGUGCUUGUAUCCAGUGCUCUGUGAAGAGCUGUAUCACUGCCUUUCAUGUCACAUGUGCCUUUGAGCAUAGCUUAGAAAUGAAAACAAUCCUGGAUGAUGGUGAUGAAGUCAAGUUUAAGUCAUAUUGUCUAAAGCAUAGCAAAACCAAGCAAAAUUUGAUACCUGAUAUGGAGAACCUCAAGAGCACAGUAGACCAGAAGCAAUCUGAGAGAGAGAAAACCAGUUUGCGUGCUCAGAAACUUCAGGAACUGGAGGAAGAGUUCUACUCACUUGUGAGAAUAGAUGAUGUUGCAGCAGAACUGGGGCUUCCUAAGCUUACUGUGGACUUGACCUUUAAUUACUGGAAAUUAAAAAGGAAGAGUAACUUUAAUAAACCAUUAUUUCCUCCCAAGGAGGAUGAAGAAAAUGGCUUGAUUCAGCCAAAAGAAGACAGCAUUCAUACUCGAAUGAGAAUGUUUAUGCAUUUAAGACAGGAUUUAGAGAGGGUAAGGAAUCUUUGCUACAUGGUAAGCAGAAGAGAAAAAAUAAAACUUUCACAUAGCAAAGCACAUGAACAGGUCUUCAAUUUACAAGUCCAACUUAUUAAUCAGGAAAUUGCUGCAGGUCAUUCCCUGACAAGUGCACUAGAGAAUACAUUGUUCUACCCUCCUCCUCGAAUCACUUUAAAAUUAAAAAUGCCAAAAUCAUUGGGAGAUUGCAAAAGCAACUUAAAAACUGGUACCAAAACAUUUUCUCCUGAUAACAAUGCCAUGCUUUAUAAUAAAAGAGGUAUUUCACUAUCCAAGGAAACGUUUAUUUCAAAUAUGAAGUCCUACUCAAGAUUUCAGCAUGAAAACAGAAGCAAUGGCUUACUGGAAGGCAUUACGAAAGCUAGAAUCGUAGCAAAGGAUUCUGGAUCCGAGAACUUAUCAGAACUUUUCCAUCCUGGGCAAUCAUCUGGCAAACCCCUGGCACUUCAAGCUGCAUUGCAUGGACAGUCUUCGGUUGGCAAUGGGAAAAUUCAACACAAUUCUAAAUUAGAAAAAUCUAAUGGCUUAAUGAGCAGAGUUGGAGAUAUCACUCAGCGAGACAGCUCCAGCCAAACAAUAUAUGAACAACAGUCUGUACUCUCUGCCCACCAGGCUAGCCAGAGUACCUUCAGAAAAUCCACAAUGGAACACUUUAGUAGGUCCUUCAAAGAAGCAACCAACAGUUUGGUGAGGACUACCGAAGAUCUCAGGUGUGAAAAACCCUCAAGAAGGCUUUCAGUGAGAGAGCGUCCAUGGGGCAAGCAGACUUUUGAAUAUCAAAUGGGGAGUGCCCCCUAUCAAGACAAUGAUGGGUAUUGCCCUGAUCUGGAACUCAGUGAUUCUGAAGCAGAGAGUGAAGAAAAUAAAGGGCAAAUCAGAUUAAGGAAAAGCAGCUCAGGCAGAGAAAGCCCGAAUAAAGACUUCAAUAGAGAUUGUCAAAAUAGAAAGAAAAGAAACUUGAUUUCUCAUAGUUCAGUGCAAAGGUGAUAGAAAUCCCUGAAAAUGAAAAUAGCUCAGCUUCGUGGGUAUCUAAGAGUAAUGAUUAUAAACCUUGGGAAAUCUCCAGGUUAGAGUGCAGGGUCCACAAGCAAGUGACAAUGUUUCUCCAAACUGUACAAUGGUUUGCUCUUUUGAGGAGAUUGCUUCCCCCCCAACUGUUUUUUUUUUGGGGGGGGGAGACUCAAAAAGCUCUUUCAUCAUCCUGUGACAAUCUACAAAGUGACUAGAUAAUUCUUGUUGCAGCUGCAAUAGAUUCUCAUUUCAUGAAAACACUUCAAGCUCAGCUUUUGGAAGAAUUGUCACAUUUGAAAUAAUGUCUGCUAAAGUGUUUUCCUGAAUUGAGUCAUGUGACUACUAGGGGAAAAAAUAAUGUUCUCAGUCAAUAUUAGAAAAAAUUAUAUGAGCCUAACUCCUUAGAAGUAGGACUGAUUUUAACUCAGUGGGACUUAACUUUCAAAUAAACAUUAUAUAUCAUCAAAAUAUAUUAUAUAUCCUCCUAAUCUGUUGAGGAAGGUUUAUAAACUCCACAGUUAAUGCUGCCAAACACACACUGACCUCUAGAUUUUUCCCAAUAGUAAACGUCUAAAAUUUGUGUUCCUUUUCACUAUUAUAAAGUGCUGUAUUCUGUACAUACCUUUUAACUUCUAGUAUUUUUAAAUUGUUUUUAAUCCCUUUGUACAUAGUAACUUGUUGUGCAUUGCACCUGUAAAAUAGGUUAUGCAGCCAGCCAAUAAAAAUGGCUGGCGUGUGGAUAAUGUUUAACACUAGAAGUACUUAAUUUCUUUAACAUAUUCAGGCAAUCACCGGUGAUGCCAAAUUUUCCCAUAUAUUCUUAAAACUUGAUCCCCUUCCCAACAUGUUAGUAUUUUUGGUAAACUAACAAAUAUGUUCAGAUUUCUGAGCCAAAAUGUUUAAAAUCAGUUUAUGCAAAGGUCUAUGUACAUUGAAUUCUAGGUUUAAAUAAUCAAAAAUCAUAAAGUAUUUUUGAUUCCCAAACACCUUCAUAGCUACUUUAAGUUUUUUUAAACUAACAUAUUGUAAUAUUAUAAAAUGCACACGCAUAACAUCAUUACAUAAUUUUUUCUUUAGUUCAUUGCUGCAUACAUUGCUGUACACCCGAUUUUUAAUCAGAAUAAAAAUCAUUUUAUUUUUGGAGCAAUCACAUAUUUAGUUUGGUAAUGUAAUGCCAUAAUGUGAAACAACAAUAAUUGCUGUACAUUUGGAAUCCAAUAACAACAAAUGAGGGCCUUGAUGUCCUUGAAAGCCUUAAUACUAUUCAAUUUACUUAGGAAGAAUAAAUUGACUCAUGAAAGUUAUAUAUUAAAUUUGGCAGGUCUGUGCUUUUUCGUUUUAGGCAUAUUUAAAAUUGCUUUGUCAACUUUUGUAUCUAUUUUUUGUCUUUAAAAAGAUGUAUUUUUGAGGCAUUUCCUUUGGUGUAAAUAUGCAAUUGUAUUUUGUUUUAAGUUUGUUGAGAAAAUUUAGCCUUUGUGUUUUGAGCCAUUCAGAAUGGUGCUAGAAAAUUUAUUUCUCUACAUACUGGUUCUGACUAAACUGGGGUACAAUUUUUCAGUAGCCAGGGGGAGAAAACAAUACAGUUGAUGACUCAUGCAUUGAGAAAAAGAAAGAAAUGGUGCUUCUGCAAGCUACAACUGUUUUGCAAAUUUUAGGUUGAUGAUUUAAAAUAAAUCUCAUCAGGCAAUAGUGUUUUUUCUCAAUACUUUUAUAUGAUUUCCACAGAUACAUGAAGGACCUCUUAACUUCAUAAUUUCAAGUAUCUAUCUCCAAAAUAUAAUUGCUAGUUUUCACAAAGUGUUCAAUAGCUAAUUUUGCAGUGUUACCUUAUAAUUUGUUUUCUUGUUUUGACACAUAUGCAUACCCAAAUUCAGUUUUUUUUAAAAAAAUGGACUGUCUUUUUCAGACGUCUCCUUUUUACAAUACUUUUUUCAUUAAAUUAUGAAACUGCUAACCUUAUCUUUUUCAUUGUGAUCAUUUGAAGACUGUAAUACUUAGGAAGACUGCAUUUAGUGCUUUAGUUAAUUCAUGAAGGACUAGUAACAUUCCUCCAAAAAAAAAGCACAUGGGCAACCCCAGGUGUGUGUAAGUGGCCUUGAGGAUCUUAAAGAACUUGCACAUAAUCCAGGAUAGUCUCCAUAUAAAGAUUUGAUAAUGUAUGACUCUUAAUUUUUAUAGGACUAAAAAAUCAGAUUAAAUAAAUAUAAAUAAGUU